CGCGUGUGUGUGAUUUUUUAUGCGCAAAAGUUUCAAGAAAAGCUCUAAACUUUCGCGCUAUUUGCUGUAAAUUUUCGUAUUUUAUUCGAUUUUAAAGUAGAAUUGAACUUUUAAAUAUGUAAUUUAAUUGUUGGUGGCCAUAAUUCAUCGUGAAACAGCUGAAAUAUGGAGUUGAACAGACUACCCGGUGAAUUGCAAUCCCAGCUGAGAUCGGAUCUGGUUGCUCGGAAUGUUUCAAAUUGCAUUAUAGAACUGGUUGAAAACGCAUUGGACGCUAAUGCAAGCUGUGUUGCUGUAAGAAUAGACUUUGAUACUUUUCGAUUGGAAGUCGUAGACAAUGGAACCGGUUUAACCAAAGCAGAUCUGAAAUUAGUCGGUGAAAGAUAUUUUACUUCGAAACGAAAAGAUUCUGGAGAAAUUAAUCCAACUUCAAAACAUUUUGGCUACCGAGGCGAAGGAUUGGCCAGUAUUAAAAACGUCAGCUCUCGAGUUAUGAUCAUAUCUCGUGCUUUUGACGACGAUGCGACGUACUGCAAAGUUAUCGAAAAGUCAAAUGCCGAAGUUUUACCAUCGCAGCAUGACAGAAAAUCGGUCGGAACGACUGUGAUUGUAGAAAAUUUCCUCGAUAAACUUCCAGUUCGACAGAAAUACAUCAAACCCAGUGAAGAAUUUCAAACCAUUAAAUGGUAUUUACAAGCAACCGCAUUGAUGUUUCCGAAGGUCAACUUCAGUCUGCGAAACGAUAGCAAAAAAUCAGAAAUUUUUCGCAUCGAUAGAACAAAUUCGACGGCAUCGACGUUUCUAGAAUUGUUUCGCGGCGCAGUCAAAGAUCCAUCGUCGUUCCUGAAAUUGAAAUCAGCCCACAUAGACAUCAGCGCCAAGAUCAUGUUAUCCCAAGAACCCUGCAGCACCGAUCAACUGCAGUUCGUGUUCAUCAAUAAACGAUACCUUCCGAAAUCCGACAUGCAGAAAUACCUAAACACCUUGCUGGACCGCAUUGACCCGUCGAAAAAGAAAAUCUCGCGAAAAACCAUCUACAUUUUGAACGUAUCCGCUCCUCGUGACGAUUACGAAGUCACCUACGAAUCAGACGGAAGAUUCGUCGAAUUUAAAAACUGGACCAAAGUCAAACAGUGUUUGCUAAAUUUAGCCAAAUCGAUCGCCGGAGAGGAGCGAUCGUGUAAUUUAGAAGAAAACGUCGAAAAACCUAGCAAAGAAAUCGUUCCAGUUAAAGACGCGUUUCGUGAGAUGAACACAGCUCAUACGAUCUUCGGAUUACCGGCGAAUCGUAAAAAGCUCGAAAAACCCGUUAAAGUUUACGAUAUCGAUGACGAAUCGAAUUCAUCCGGCGAACGAAAAAAAAAGCAAGCUAUAUCUCGCCUGUUCAAGGUAUCGAAAGCGUCUCGCAAGAUCACGAAAAAUACCAAAGCGACGAAAAGUCCUCGUUUAGUUGAUCAAGGCAUCACGUUGUCGUUUAAGAAAAGUCCAAUGGCGACUAGAAGACCCGCAGAAGAGAAAAAUACCCGGAAAUGUACGAAAAAUCGCGAUAUUUCGGUCGAUAAAGCAGCUCCAUCGAAUGACGAUUAUGCCUGGAUGUGGAAGCAUCCCGAUAAAGGACACGAUUCAGAUUCGACUAAUUUUUCCGAUACGCAGCAAGUCGCCGCCAAAGAAUCUCGAGUCGUUUGUUCGAAGCUCAAGAAGAAUAAAAAAUUACCUACUGAAAAAAAACAACGCGGCGAAUGUUUCAAAAGCGUGGUGGCUUUAUCUAAUCGACGAGCUUUGAAACUACCAACGCGCGAUAGAAUAUCGAAAAAACGAAAUAAUUAUUUCGACCAGAUCGAAAACAAAAAUAACGUUAUUGAAAAAUACGGUAAAAUAAAUAAAAACGCUCAGUACGUUCUCGACGACGAUUUGAACGUGGACGAACCCGAUGAAAUAGGCAACGAUGUUCAAUGGACGGCUAAAAUAUCAGUCGAUCAGAACACGACUACUUUACCUCCGCUGAAGCUGUUCGAUAAACAACCAUCGCCCGAAUUGGACUUCCAAGAGGAUGAAAUUCAGUAUAAAGAGAACGUCGAUCAUAGUAACAGUGGCAGAUUCGCUGAUCAGCACGAUGCUUUGGUGGCAACGUUGCCUUUUCACGAGAGUUAUCUCGAUGAUCGGUCACCUUUGCAAGAUGUACGGCAGAGUUCCUACCAUCACAGCCAUCGUCUUAGUUACGAUCUCACUCAAGAAAACCUUAAACGAGAUUGCGUCACGAGUGUAGAAAUUCAAGACCCUCUGAGCAAAGUAGGCGAAUGGAUAUCCAAGUUACCUCCGAACGAAGAACCCAUUCUGAACGAUUCAGCCAACGAUUACCUUACUCCGGUUAAGAACUCGGAUCAAAUAGCCAUAGAUUUCAAACGCAAGACGAAGCUGUCGAAGACGCCCGAUAAUGAUACCAAGUCUACCGAACGAACGCCCGAAAAACGUAAAUCUACGCUGGAGAAUUUCGAGCCGAAGUGCAAAUUGAAAUUAGAUUUUAGUCGAGCUAAAAUCGAAGAAUACAGAAUGAAGAAGAAAUCGUGCCCCGAACCGGCGUAUAAAUCGCCGCUUUUGGAUUGGAACAAUCACCCGGUUCGAAAAUUACGACAAAACGACAAAAAUCAUCUCAAAGGUGAAUUCGAUCGUGCCCGAAAUGAAAGCAUAUCCUUUCAAAAAACCCACGAUUCGAGUAAAGAGCACAUGAGUUGGAAUAAUUUAAACGACUCGAUCGAUCAAGCCCCUAGUCGUAAAGAAACACGCGCAGUUUCCACUCAGACCUCGGAUUGUUGCGGAAAAUGUCGUUGUAAUUGUCAUGAAAAGCUGGCCACUACGCUGAACAUCUCACAACAGAGUAUUUUCCACGACGAUGACGAUUUUGACGGUAAAGAUGCAGUCAUUUUAACCAAAUCUCAAUUGCUCGACUCUCCAGCAGCUGAUAGCGAACACGAUACCGUUAUAUUACCUAAAGAAGACCACGAUACAUUCGAUCUCGAUAGACGAAACGCGAUGGAUUUUAGCCAAUUCGACGAAGAUGCCAAAGAACAAAAUUCUGCCGACACAAUUGUGUUGAGUCAACAUUUCGCUGAAAAUUCAGCCAGCACGAAGAAUUCGGAAUAUUUUCAGUCGAAGAUGAUGGUGGAGAAGUUGAGGUUUAAAAUGAAGUCCAAGUUUUUGGAAAAUUCUUCAGCUCUAGAUAUACCGAAAGGAAUGCUGGAAAGUGUACCGAAAAACCAAUCGAGAGUCGAAAGACUGCACGAAGACGAGAAAAAAUCGCUGGUCGAGUUAGUCAAACCGUACAGAAUGCAGAAUCACAUCACAUUGGAUGAUUCGGGAAACAGCUGCCUACGAAUAUUUCCCAUGUUCAAAAAUCAGCCGAAAAAACUGGACAGUUGCAACUCCGAAGAUUUAAACUGCCCAGUUGUGUUAACCAAAGAAGAUAUACCCUCGUUCAAGUUUAUCGCUCAAAUUGAGAAAAAAUUUAUACUAGCGAGCGCCAUCGACCACAAAACUCAAGCCCCGUUGUUAAUUGUACUCGAUCAGCACGCUGUAGAUGAGAGAAUCCGAGUUGAACGAUUGCUCAGAGACUACUCGGAGAAUGGAGAAUGGCAGAGUACUCCUGUCAAUCCUCACAUUCAUUUGAACAUUUCGUUCACUUAUUGCUCUCUUUUUACCGAUUAUCAAAGUAAUUUGGAAGAAUUCGGUUUGCAUUACGAGUUCAACAACAGAACGAUGAACAACGAAGCUAAGUUGAUCGUGUCAUUCACCAAGGUGCCAACGUGUUUCUAUAAUCGCGCUAUGAGAGAAAAAAACAAUUACCGAGACGUUCUUAAAAAAUUAAUCGAGUCGUUGACCAAAGAACUGCUGACGAAGUUCAUCAAAGGAGAAACUUUGGUACAUACGGUUCCUAACGAAUUGCAGUCUGUUGUCAAUUACGAAGCUUGUCGAGGAGCUGUGAAAUUUGGCGAUAAGUUGACUCCUCAGAUAUGCUCAGCUCUCUUGGAAGGCAUGAGUCAAUGCAAAUUACCGUUCCAGUGUGCCCAUGGUCGGCCUUCUGCAGUUCCAUUGGUCAGCUUUGAUAAAUUGGCUCAUUUACAGAGAAAAGUCUGGAAACCUAAUUAUGAAGAAUUGAGGAAGAAGUUUGUAAAAUAAUCAGUUUUAAUUUUUAAUUUUUUUAAAAAUCUAGAGAAUUUUGUGGGUUUAAGAAUUUUUAUAACCCAAAUGAAAAGAGUUUUUAAUUUUUAAUUUUCUUGUUUUUUUUUUUUUUUUAGUCAUUAUCUCCAGUAAGUAGUUGAUAUUUAGUAAAAGAUUUUUAGUUAUCAUUGAAUUUGUUUUUGUUACAUGACAAUAUUACGAUUAGUUUUUAGAAAAUGUUUAGUCAAUUUCAUUAGUUUCAAUAAAUCAUCGAAAUUGUU